AUAGAUUAAUACCAGCAUGUACACUUUCACUAAAUAAUAAAAGUCGAUCCCCGUAUCUCCUUAAAACAAACAAAUGAAUAGGUUCAUAGCAACUAAAUAAUUAUCGAUUAAACAAACCUAUAGACAUCAUGGGUUUAACAGUUUAACUCUAGAAUUAUCAGCCACUCACGCGAGUUAUUUAUUAUUUAAAACAUAGUAAAAUGAAGCAAACCAGUAAAACCGGCUUAACUGCAAGUCCAACAAAAACCAUCUCAAAAAUGGCCCAAUCUAAAGACCUGCAAUUAUGGGCUAUUGCUAAACCUGCUCCUUAUAUUUUAAAGCCUUAUUCCGGAUUGUAUAACCCAUAUCCUACUGGUUGCUCCUUGCUAUGCAACCAUCCCAUGGACAAAGAAACCAAAGAAUUGUUACGUAAAGCGAAAGAAAACUGGGCGAACGAAGGUCAAAGAAACGUUUUGUUAGCAGAAGAAAUAGAAGCCAUAAAAGCGAACUUAAGCCAAUAUAGUUUUAGAGAAAACACGCCAAAGAACCUUAUGUCCCAAAUCGAGAGUGUCCCAGAAGAACUGUUUCGAAGAUAUACCGAAACUGACUCGCGUCCUUUAACUCCCGCCCCUACACUGGCCAGUGCAGCGACCAGAGCUUCUGGUUCUAGAAGAUGUGUUACUCCCGAAGCCAGCAGAAUGCACCCUAAAGCACAAUUAGUUUUGGAUUUAAGACGAACUCAUAGUCAAGAAACUAUAUCAUAUAGUGCAUCCCUUCAAGAACCUCCAUUGAUCCGUAUUCAACACGUUUCGACCAGGGCUGCUAGUUUGGAGGAGUUGGGUCACUGUCACCAAGCGGGUUCGACACAUAGUUUGCCCAUUCAGUCUCCGAGAAAGGCGAAAACGGCAGUUACCAAUGCAAAACUUAACCUUGCAGUAAUAAAGACUGAGAAACAAGAACAUAAAGAAUUAGCUGAACUCCACACAAAUGAAAUUAAACAAGAGAACGAUGAAGAUUUUAUUAAACGUAGAGGUAAGAAAAAGAAGAAGAAAGAUAGAGAUACUUCCAGAGGUCCUCCGGCUUUUCAAGCAUCGCUGGAUCCCGAAACACAAGUGGCAACUAUUGGGACUGACUCUAAGAACCAGAGCGCAAGAACUUCGCUUGUUCCAGCAAAUAACUCUCAAGAUCAGGGGGAAUUUAUAAGUGCGGGUAAAGUUUCAUGUAAAAACACUAAAACUAAAAGCAGAAAAAGUCUUGACAUUCAUUCAUACUUGGAUAGGGAGAUAUUAAGGCAACUAAGAAGAGAAUUAAAUGAGGAAGUAGUCGACAACGAACUUAACCUGAAGAGAAGAAAGGCCUUGGAAGAAGCGCUGAAGGCAGUGUCAAAAGAUAGCACACCUUGUCAAGAACUUCUUAAUCUUCAAAACGAGUUGAAAAUACCUGCACUUAACGCUGACUUGUGGAUUACUUUGCCACGAACCUUUACUCGGCUAAGUGCAAGGUUUGAAUUACCGUUAGAUAGCCGAUUGUUAUCCAAAAUAUCGCCUAUAGAAUAUGCUAGAGACCAUGUAAGUAUCUCGUCAGAAAGAAAGCUCUUGUUUAAUUGCAUAUUUGACAAAUUUAAAAUGGAAGCAGAUCUUGAAAACGAAUAUGAAAGAAAGCUUUCUGGGGAAUCUUUACAGGAAGCUUUAAAUUUGCUCAUGGGCAGACCAAUGAAAUCAGACGAAGCAUUAACAUUCAGAAGCUUAAUUGGAUGGGAGGAUACCGAUGUUAUGGACUUUAGAACUUUCUGUGGGGUUGCUGCUGUGUGUGAGCGUAUAAUGGCCCCUUCAUAUUGUCCUAGAUUACCAGAUCGUCAAGAUGAUCCCUGUCAUGAAAUUGAAGUUGCGGAUUUUGAUCUUUUAGAAAGGAAAAUACGGGGACAAAAUAUUGAUGAAAGGUUGCUUAACAUUUUAAAUUGUAUUAAAACUUUGUAAACAUUA